AUGCAGCACCCUACGUGCACAGACCUCAGAGUCAAGUCCAUCUCCGACGCACAGGUCAUAUUCUACGCCGUAUCCAACGGCGUUCUUCCCAUCGUUUCUCGCCGCCUCGACAGCGAAGAACGACGCUGCAUCCGCUCUGGGUCCGUAUAUGUAUGGGAAGAACGAGGACCAGACGCUGAGGCAACGGGGCUCGGUAUUGAGCGUUGGACAGACGGCAUUCGGUGGGGCCCGUCCCGUGUGCGCGAUGAGUUCCUCUUCUAUCACGAGAAGGACAUGGAGAAGGACAUGGACAUCGUCGGUCACCCCCUUCAUCUUCCCCCCGGGUCGUACUUCGGUCGCCCACGAGAACGUCUCGUGAAGCAGACGUACUCUGUCUUCGUCGAGACACCCCGAGGACGACGAAAAUGGCAUCUGAUCGCAUACUUCACGCAAGAGACCAUUGAUGCACUGUACACAGUCGAAGAUUUCCCUGACCUUGCUCGCUUGCGCGUGCCGCAGGGCCGAUUUAGGAGUGCACGAUCGGCGAAGGGUCGGCCA